ACGCCCGGCUAAUUUUUGUAUUUUUAGUAGAGACAGGGUUUCACCAUAUUGGUCAGGCUGGUCUUGAACUCCUGACCUCAUGAUCCGCCCACCUUGGCCUCCCAAAGUGCUGGGAUUACAGGCGUGAGCCACUGCGCCCAGCUUAGUGUGAGAAUAAUAUCUUGGUUUAAAAAUGUGUACUGGUGGAACACAUCCGAGCUUAAGAUGGUGGGGUCAGCUUCACAUUCUCAGGAACUCCUUCUCUGGGCCAGGGAAUUAACCCGAGCAGGCAUGGUGGCCUCAGCUUUCACCUCAUCAGCAGUGACCGGUGUGGCCAAAGUGGCCAGGGUGGCCUCUAGCCGUGCCGUAGUCUUACCCCUGGCGAGGAUUGCUACAGUCGUGAUUGGAGGAGUUGUGGCCGUGGAGGCUGUGCCCAUGGUGCUCAGCGCCAUGGGCUUCACUGCGACGGGAAUCACCUCGUCCUCCAUAGCAGCCAAGAUGAUGUCCACAGUGGCCAUUGCCAAUGGGGGCGGAGUUGCCCCGGGCAGCCUUGUGGCUACUCUGCAGUCACUGGGAGCAACUGGACUCUCCGGGUUGACCAAAUUCAUCCUGGGCUCCACUGGGUCUGCCAUUGUGGCUGGCAUUGCGAGGUUCUACUAGCUCCCUGCCCCUCGCCCUGCAGAGAAGAGAACCGUGCCAGGGGAGAAGGCACCCAGCCAUCCUGACCCAGUGAAGAGCCAACUAUCCCAAAUAUACCUGGGGUGAAAUAUAUCAGAUUCUGCACGCCCAGAGGAAAAUAAGAAAUAAAGAUGAAUUGCUGCAAAAAAAAA